AUCUCAAUAUCGAAAAAUUGUCCCAUAAGACUGGUUUUGUUGUCCAGGGUCACAUAUUUAUUAAGUGUUCAUCACUCAUUUAUUUGAAUAUUUUCACAUGCUGUAUGUAAGACGCUUUCUGACUGGAUAAGCUUAGGAACAAAGCUCCAGAACGAGUAAAGACGACUGAUGUUCCUGAAUUUAGUUUUCCCUCAGGAUAUUUCCCUGAUCGCAUUCGCACCGGUAAAAGGAACUAUUUAGUGAAGAAAGCCCCUAUAGAAACUAGAUGGACAGCCUACUUCAAGCGUACUUAAAUAUUAAGUCUAAAAUAAAUUACAGCAGAAUGUGAUCAGAAUGUGAAUUAAACAAGUGUGCAUCCAGCAUUGAUUAAGCUGUUUCAAACGAUUUUCACCUUUAAAUGAGUGAAAUGACACUUCUAAAACUAAUAUUAUAAUUUGUUUUAGAUGUAAUGCAAUGUUAACUAUGUUUUAAGAUUAAAGCCCCGCUUCUAUUUUUUACAAAGCUCAUGGCUUUUAAAAGCGAGAUGUGCUAUGACUGGCCAGUUAACCAGUCCGUAGUGAUUGCUGGAAUACUGCAAGCGUGUGGCAUAAAUGUAACCCCUCUUACCAUAUUUGGAACAUCAUUUUAUGUGUCCAAUACAUGCAUGAGCAACUUAUAACCCACCAAAGAUACAGAAAAAAAACAUAUUUGCACAACAUGACCCCUUAAAAAGGCUAAACGCAAUGUUUUGCCUGUCAGAACCAUUACAUCCUCCUGCAGAAAUGCUUUUUCCCUUUGAUGGUGGCAGAGAGAAAUAAACAGUCAAGAGAAGAUAAGAAAGAGGUCAUCACAAGCACCAGGAUCAGCACAUUUGUAACGGAGAGAUGCAUGAAGCAAGCUGUGGUAGACGAUGGUAUAUUCAAGAGAAACUGUGUGGGCUGUUCUGUGUAAGUCCACUGCAAUGACAUGCAGCUACUGCUCAUAAUCAUGUUGGCAAAAUCAAACCGCUGUUCUUGCUUAUAACACGGCUCGCUGGAAUGCUUGAUUCUGAUUGGCCAGUCGCAACUUUUGCAGGUUCAUUAUUUCCAGAUAACACUCUCAAAACUAACAACACACGGUGCCCCGGAUGCAGUGAAUCAUUUUGACAGGUUUUUUGAGAAAAGGAAAAUAAAUAUGUCUUUUAAUAACAUAAAUUACAUUGUUAACAAAUGAUUGAACCAAAAUGCCUGUUCGUGACAUUUGAACGUCGUUUCUUACCUUAAAAACAGCUAAUAAAAUAUUUCAAAAUUCUAAUUUCAUGUCCAGUUUUUUCUCAUGUGGCAGGUAGCUGUGUAAUAAGCGGGAUAAUGUACAAGCAGCCAGCUGUUAACGCCAAAUAUAACAUCUGCGACAACAACAGGCUCACUCUACAUUCCCCUUACAUAAAACAAGUGAGAGCUACAAACAUAAUCUUUCAUCUUCUGAUUUGUGGGCAAAAAUGUUGUCAUGUAUUCCCUCGAACCAAACACUAUGGGUAUGUCCCAGUUAACUACCAUACAGCAUAUAUUUUUGUCAUUUUUAUAGCACGAGGGACUGACAGCUUGAACACUUGAGUAGAACAAAAUCUGUGACAUAUAGCACGUCAGCAGACAGCACUCAUCUUGUCACUUUGGUAUAGUUAUCUGGUUGGGGUAUGAAACUGAUCAUAUUCGGCAUCUGAACGGCCCUUUUCUGCUGCUUUGUUAAUGUAGCCUAUCAUGUCAGGCCUUCCUAAUUUCCUGACACCCUUCCCCUUUUGUCUGCUGUGCAUGUGAGGGUGUGUGUGUGUUUUUCAGGAGCUAGAUCGGUGUUCACAUAAGGGGGUCCAAAGUGUUUGAUGAGUAGCCAAACAACAAGGUUUUCUUAAGCUCUGUCUCCCUGUGAUUGUCUGACACAAGCACAUUUUCAGAUCUUAACAGAUGGUGUGGAUGGUCAGGAAGUACAGACAUCACAUGCAUCUUCUCUAUUACUGAGCACUGGCAGGACUAAGGUGCCAUCAGGACCAUGAAAUACAUUCAGUCAUUCAGAAUUCUCAGUCUGUUGUAUUAGCACAGGCUCCAUUGAGCAUUCCUUCAGCUGGCUGUAAUGAAACGCAAUACCUGACAUUGUUCUUAUUUGCCAUUUGGAUGAAUUCAUUUGCACACUGCUGCUUUAAUUGGUUUGCCACACACGCUCAAAUGACAGAUGUUUGGAGUUAAAUGCAUGCAAAGCAAGUUUUUGCCAUUCACUGUACUGUACUGUUCUUAGUUUUUGUCUUUCUGUUUGUUUGUUUGUUUGUUUGUUUGUUUGUUUUAUGAAGGUUACCAAUGCUAGGAUUUCCAGAUCAUCAGCUGAACAAUAUGUGAAGUGUAUUUAUGCAACACAUAAAGAGUUCUGACACCUUUGGAGAUACAGCAUGUGAUGUUAAACAUAUGAAAAGAGCUCCACAGAAUAGAAUAAGAUCAAGGGGAGGCAGAUGAUAUAAGACAAUGAACUUGUUUGAGUUAUCAAAAAUAUCAAAUAUAUAAUGUAUAUACGUAAUCUAAUCACAAGAAUCAAACAUUUUAUCCGUUUUCUUCUUUCAGAUUUCUUAAUUAUCACGUUUUCCCUGUGGUCACUCGCCCCUCUGGAAUAAUGAGCUCCUCCCCUCACAUGUCCCGUUCCUCAGUUGACAUCCUGGAUGAGCUGCAGCUCUUCACAGCCCAGAACCUGGAGAAGCUGGACAUCAAUAAAUACUAUGAGGUCAUCAGGGAGCUCGGCAAAGGCACCUACGGCAAGGUGGACCUUGUCUUCCACAAGAUCAGAGGCACAAAAAUGGCCCUAAAAUUCCUGAAGAAAAAAACUACAAAGCUGAAGAGUUUUCUUCGGGAGUGCACCAUCUCACUCUACCUGUCACCCUGUCCUUUCAUCAUCAACAUGUUUGGGAUAUUCUUUGAAACGGACGAAUACUACAUCUUCGCUCAAGAGUAUGCGCUGGCAGGAGAUCUCUUCGACAUCAUUCCUCCCCAGGUUGGUCUGGCUGAGAGCGUGGCCAAACGUUGUGUGCACCAGGUGACAUUUGCAUUGGAUUACCUGCACUGCAAAAAGCUGGUACACCGUGACAUAAAGCCAGAGAACGUCCUUAUCUUUGACAAAGAGUGCCGAAAGGUAAAACUUUCAGACUUUGGUAUGACGCGGCGUGCUGGUUCGCCGGUGAAGCGGGUCAGCGGAACCAUCCCGUACACGGCGCCAGAACUGUGCGACCCCUGUCGGCAGGAGGGUCUGUGUGUGGACUACAGCACUGAUGUCUGGGCCUUCGGUGUGCUUCUUUUCUGCAUGCUGACCGGAAACUUUCCCUGGGAAAAGGCAUUGCCGUCUGAUGGCUUUUAUGAGGAGUUUGUGCGUUGGCAGCAGAGGCGGAGACAGACGAGCACCGUGCCAUCACAGUGGCGACGUUUCACGGAUGAUGCGCUUCGCAUGUUCCGGCGACUUUUGUCCAUCGAGCAGGAUCGCAGGUGCUCAGUCAAGGAGGUCUUGAGCUACUUUAACCACUGCUGGAUGCUUGACGGAAACGGAAACAUGCCUCAUCCCUCCUGCAGCAACAGCGGCAACAGCAACAUAAUGAAUGGCCGUCAGGCUGAACUCAGCUCCUCAUCCUCAGAAGAAGACGAGUUGGUGGACCGUUUAAAGCAGCAAAGCUUGUCGCCAGUCUGCGGGGUAGCUAAAGGGGGUAUCGUCGUGGCGCCUGUGACCGUGCACUACUCUUCAACAUCAACAAAUAGCCCUCAUUCCUCCACUGGCGGCUAUGAGCGUGUGUCCCGAGACAACAACAGCAACAGUGGUCGCAUCCUAGUUACGACGCCAAUUGAAAUAUGUGUGUAGAGUCCACUAACAUUAAUCUAUCUUGCACAUAUACUUGGGAUGACAAGAUGAUAGUAGGGACUUGUGAGGAUAGUAAAGACUCUUGUCCUUUUGGAGCGAAUGCAUCAGAAAAAGGAUAUAGCUGUUGUUCGGCACGAGUACUCCAGGAGUAUCCCAGUGGAGUUGAAACUGUUGAUGAGUGUUUCGAUUGUCAUAAACAUGAGAGGAAAUGUUUAGGACAAUCGUUAAGGUCUUCGGAUUGUGUCUUGGCUACUUCAUUUCCACAAUAAAUAAGUCUUAAAUUAAAGAAGUACACGUUGGAAACUUUGAAGGAUUAGGAAAGCAGCCUCUUCUGUGAAAACAUCAAGCUGAAGUUGAAGGUGAUAUGAAGGUUUCCUCAAGAAUGAUUAAACUCUGAGAAAGGAUUUCAACGAUUUUUAGAUGUUCAACAGCUAAUAGUGUAAAACAAUUUACGUAGAUCAGUUUUGGAAGCAGUGUGAACUGUGUUGGUAUUUUUCGUGCUUGUUAAUCCAUGUGGUCAGUGGAUAUGAAAUCAGAAGCUUUUGUUACUUGACAAGUGUGUUAUUCAUUUUGUCCCGUUACCAUGAACUUUUUGUUAUUUAUUUUAUAUUGUAGCAUUGUAAGGAAUUAUCAUUUGCAGAAAACUUUUGCACUGUCAAAACUCACUAAACCAAAACUGAUAAGUACAUGAAAACGUCACCUUAUUCCAGAAGGACUGUUAGUAUGUUUCGCAUGCUACAUGCAUAUCAUUCUCUCAUCUGUGUCUCUUUGAAAAAAGCUCUUUGCAGGUGGUUGUAUCGCUAAAUAUGAGAGCGAUUUCAUCAUAAUGGCUCCCAGAAGCACAGUUCAAAAACCCUUAUGUCAUUGCGUGUUGAUAAGAAGUUCAGUAAGACACGUCUACAGUAUGUAUACAGUGUUUGCUCAUUUGCAUCAUCACCAAGACGUUCCUGUUUGCGACUGGACUAGGAUUUGGCUAAAAUGUUGACUAAUCCACUCCAAAUCAAGAUGUUUAUUAGAUUCUCUUAAAUUAUAGUCCUUCCCAGAUGAUGCUCUUUAACAGAUUUCUUGUUGACAUAGUUGAGUUUGGAGAUUUCUCAGGUGUACCAGUCACUGUGUCAUGUUGAUGUAAAAAUUCACCAUAUUUAUUUAUAUUCCUGGUCUUACUCCAUACAACGUAUCAGUGCGCAUUACUUCAAAUUUUCUUCAAAAUGAUUCCAAAACCACUUUUUAUGAUCCAAUCAACUCCAAUGUUUUUUCUCUCAUUGCGGAUCCUGCUUCACUGUUGAAAAUGCAUCACGUAACGAAAGUCAAAUGGGUUGAGGAUUUCAUGUUGACAAGUUUGCUCAGUUGAGAUGUGGCGAAUUUGUGGAUUUGCAAAUAAAUGAAAAUGUAAUGUUGAUAUCUUCCAUAUCUUAAGAAAUUUAAAGUCUAAAGAAAGUGCUGCUGGACCAGACAGAGAUAAAUGGUUCCUCUAGUAAAUCUGCACAAAGAUCCCUUUAUUUGGGCCUUUAGUUACAUCCACAUUGUUUAUGACCUUUGUGACAUUUUGAGAUUUGUCCAAUCUUCUACUGUUUGUUUAAAGGAAGGUAGCAACAUAAUUUAAUUUAAAUCUUGAAUAGUCUGGUUCUUGUGUUAUUGCGAAGCAGAACAUGGUGCAGACAAUUGCUUAAAUGGGCACUUGAAGUUGGCAUGGAUGUAACAAAAGACUAAAAAAAAGCAAAUGGUAUAUGUGCUACUUUUUAGACUUGUGACAAUUAUUGUGUGGUAAUAUUGUUAAGUAGCACAAGUUUGUACAAUUUGAUAUGAUUCAAUGUCAAAAACAGUCAACAGUCAACAUGUAAAAAAUGGAGUCAACAGUCGCUUUUAAAUAGCUCAUCUGCUGGAUCUCAUGUUGCAGACAAACAGUACGUAACUUACUGAAGAGACAAUAACUCCAGACAUAACACAAAGAGACGUAUUAACUCUGCAGAAAUGAACGAAGAUACAAUGAAUAUCUUUCUUCAAGUGGACAAAGCAAAGAAAAAAUGUAUGUCGUGAUUUCCAGAAAACAGUUGCAUGAAUCAAUAUUGCUCUUGGGAAACAUUGUAGAAAUAAAGUUUUGAAUGCUACAUAUGUUGUUUCUAUUGCAUUUUACUGGCUGCUUUGCACAUUUGAUCCACGUUUGAUUCUCUUAUUGGUCACAUUUUACAGGUUUUUCCUAUUAGAGCCAUUAGUAUAUUGUUCAGAAGUAGAAUUCAGGGCCCGGUUUUUCAAAAGUAAUCCACUAGGAUUUUGGAUAACGGAUUGGAUCAAAUCUUGAAAAUGUGUUUUUCAAAAGAAAAAACGGAUUACAUAAUCGGAUCAGAUCACGUA